AUGAGAGUCUCCUCCGCCAUCUUUACUAUUGCCUCUGGCAUUGCCGCUGUCUCUGCUGCCGACUGCGCUGCGGCUGGCGACUACGAUAGCCAGGGCAGAUACUCUUGCAACCCUGCUCACCAGUACCCCAACGGCCAGAGCUGCAAGACCAUUGACGGCUGCCCUCUCCUGGCCGACGCCAGCGGUCAGCCCAUCUACAAGAGCACCUGCGCGGCUCCUGGCGACUACGACGACAAGGGACGAUACUCUUGCAACCCCGCCCACCAGUACCCCAACGGCCAGAGCUGCAAGACCGUCGAAGGCUGCCCUCUUUUGGUCGACGCCAACGGCCAGCCCAUUGUCAAGGCCACCGGCACCAGCACCGGCACCGGCACCGUCACCGUCACCAGCUCUGCCGCCGCUCAGCCCACCUCGACCGGCACUCCGUCGUCCAAGUGCGCCGCCCCCGGCGACUACGACAGCAAGGGCCGCUACUCGUGCAACCCGGCCCACCAGUACCCCAACGGCCAGACGUGCAAGGUCAUUGACAACUGCCCUCUGCUCUGCGACGCCAGCGGCAAGCCCAUUGUCAAGGCUACCGGCACCGGUAGCGGAAACAACGGCAAGCCUACCGAUCUGCCCAUUGUCGGCGCUGGCUCCGUCCUCACUGGCGGCAUGGCCAUGGUUGCUGCUGCUGUGGUUGCUGCCAUUUAA